ACCGCCGGACAAGGUGCGCAUGCGCGGGGACGUGGCAUUACGUGGCGGCUCGAAGGGCGAAGGCAAAAGGGGAGAGAAGCCGAGAGGAACCCGGUCGCCAGGUUCCGCCGCAGGCCCCGCCCACCAUGCAGGUCCCGCCUCCUGCCGCAGAGACACGCCUCCUGCUCCCGCCCUUCGUGGAUCUUUCCCGCUGGCCGCUGCCACCCACGUGGUAGAAGCCGGGCCCUGCGGACUGAAGUGGAUCUGGUUAGACUGCGCGUUUCCGCUUGCACGGUUGUCGCCGAGAGGGACUUACUGCAAGCUAUUGCCAGAUCUGGGUUCUUAUUUUGCUAAGUCGAAAGUGAGAUUUUACUUCGUCCGACGUGACAGGUCUGCUCUACAUUUGGCCUGUGCCACUGGGCAAACAGAAAUAGUAAGAUUCCUGGUACAUAGAAAGUGUAAACUUGAUACACAUGACAGAGAAAGGAGGACACCUCUGAUGAAGGCCGUCCAAUGCCAAGAAGAGGAGUGUGUGGCUAUUCUUCUGGAAUCUGGUGCGAAUGUACAUCUUACGGAUGUUUAUCACAACACUGCCCUUCACUACGCUGCCUAUCACCAUAAUACAUCAAUAGCAGACAGACUGCUUGCAUAUGGUUCAUAUAUUGACCCCAAAAACAAGAACGGUAGCACACCACUUUUACUUGCUAUUAACGAAAAUAGAGAGAAAAUGGUGGAAUUUUUACUGAAAAACAGAGCAAACCGAAAUUCAGUCGAUAAGUUCAACAGAAAUGCUCUCCUACUUGCGACAGAUAAUCAAUCAUCACACAUAGUCAAACUACUUCAGCAAGAUCUCUUGGUAAAGACUAUGGAAGAUAAUGCUGUUGCUAGUGGUUUUAGUGGCAUUCCCCAACAAAUUUCUGAAGAUAAAGAAGAAAAAGUACUAGGAAAUACUUCUCAAAAUAGCAAUCCAGUAAUCUAGUGAAAAGAAACUGUUAUGAAGAAAAUCAUAAGGAAGAAAAACUGCAUUUGGUGUUCAUGAAGUGGGAGUGGAUCAUCACAAGAUCUUUAUCCUCCUCAUCUUCACCCUGAGUAGGCAGAUGAAGAGGAGGAAUGGGCCAGGUUGGUCUUCCCAUCUCUGGGUGUCAGAGGCAGAAGAAAAUCUACACAUAAAUGGACCCAUGCAGUUCAAACCCCUGUUGUUCAAGGCUUGCUGUGUAACUAUAUUACAUAGUGAUUUGUAUCACAAAAACAACUGAGAACUCAAAAAAUACUUUUUCUGGUAACAUAAAUA